AUGAUAUACUACAUCUUCAUUCCGGGAGCGGUGCCUCCGCCAGCAGGGCUUGUUCGGCCAGAUUCCCACGGCAUUCCACUAGCAAUUGUGGUGGGCAAAACGGUGGGAGAGAAUGCGAAUUGGGCAUAUAAGAUGUUUCCGGAAUGGACCCCUUUCGUCUACAGCGUCGACAACGAACCAGGCUAUGGCCUCCACGUGCCCAACCGCGGCCGCGAGUCCAUGCCCUACCUCACCUUCAUAAUCGACCACUACUACGACCUCCCGGAUAUCGUCGCCUUCAUGCAUGCCAACAAUCGGCAAUGGCACAACCAAGAUAUCAGCUCGUACAACGACCGAGUUCUCCGCAGCCUCCGCCUCGAAACCGUCCGGAAAAGAGGCUACGUGAACCUGCGCUGCAGGAUCCGUCCAGGUUGUGAACCAUCCAGCGUGCUCCCGCAUCACCCGACCUUCGUCGAUAUCGAUCGCAACGAUACCCGCUCGCGCUUUGCUGAUAUCUAUGCGAAAUUGUUUGAGCUGGACGAUGUGAAGGACGUACCACAGGUCAUUGGCGGGGUAUGCUGUGCACAGUUUGUGGUGACGCGGGAGCGAAUUUUGCAGAGGCCGUUGAAGGACUAUGUGCGGAUGAAGGACUGGGUGUCGUCAGGGUCCCGGCCGAUGAAUGAUUACGAUGUUGGGUGGGUGUUUGAGAAGAUUUGGCAUAUUAUUUUUGGGGAAGCGGCGGUAUCGUGA